CUCCCCCAAGCUAUCUUCCAUCCGUGUCCGAAAACACGAUCACCAACGAGCCGUGAGCGACUGCAAAGCGACUAUGUUAGUGUCGACCUCACGCCACCAAAUAACCGACCAUAAAUGGCUGGAAAAAGGUCAGACUGAGCUUCUUCGCAGAGCGAGCAGGCGUGCACGCAGUGAUUAGAGGACUCGACGAUGGCGAGUACGGCAGGCAAGCGACCAUUGCCGCCAGACGACGAUGAGCAUGAUGCUCACAAGCGUAUCCGCUCGAACAAUGGCUCACCAGCACCGGCGCCGGCGGCCGUAAAUGGCGUGUCAGACAUGGAGCGUAGGAAACAAGAAGCUGCCGCGCGCAUGGCCGCUGUGAAGGCGAAACUGGCCGCGUCGAGACCUAAUGGAGCUGCCUCACCUGCUCAGACGAGGCCGGCGGCGGCGCCUGCGGACGAUAUAGAAGCUAAGAAAGCCGCAGCAGCGAAGAAGAUCGCGGAGAUGAAGGCGCGGAUGGCUGCUCAGCGACAAGGUGCCACAGCUUCGCCUGCGCCAGUCUCUACUCCGGCCCCACCGCCCCCUUCUGCACCGAGCGAAAAGGACCAACGUAUUGCGGCAGCACGUGCGCGAGCACAGCAGAUGGCGGCAAGGUUGGGUACGCCCACGGCCGCUCCGUCUCCGCCGCCGAGACAGGAUAUUGGAAAGCAAGCCAGAGGAGGUCUAGGUAUUGGGCUGCACCCGAGUUUGAUUGGCGAUAUGGGUUCGACUGCAACAAAGGGUAAAGGCGUGCAGCAAGGCAGAGCCAACCAGCAGCGGGAGCACCUCCCAAAGAUCAAUCCGUACCUCGCUGAGGGUGAGGACGAGACCAAGGUGGAGCAAGAGGAAGGUUUUGAUCCUACUUUAGGUGCUAGGCGUGGAGAGAGGAAGAGCCGGCAGCUCGGUUUUCACCAGAAGGGCAAGUUCAUCGCUCAAGCCAACGCUCUACGCCAGCAAGCAAGGUUGGAGGAGAUGAAGCGACGAAUCGCAGCUGAGACACGGAAGACGGAGAUUGAAGAAGCUUCCGACAAGGCCUUCCUCGUGCCGGUGCCGCCGGAAGUGGAGUGGUGGGAUGAGGGCCUUGUCGACAAGAUCGAUACGCCAGACAGCAUCAUUACAGCGCUCGUGCAGCACCCCGUCAUUCUACAGGCACCGCAAGACAAGUUACAGCCGGCACCGAAACCACUCAUGCUCACACCUCAAGAGCAAAAGAAGCUCCGUCGCCAGAGGCGAAAGGCAGACAUGCAAGAAGAACAAGCCAAGAUUCGCCUGGGCCUUGUGGAGCCGCCACCGCCAAAGGUUAAGAAGAGCAAUAUGAUGCGCGUGUUUGGCGAACAAGCCGUCAAAGACCCGACAGCCGUAGAAGCGCGCGUGAACCGAGAAAUUGCCCAGCGUGCCUUCGACCAUGCCAAAGCCAACGCAGACCGCCAACUCACGAAAGAAGAGCGCGCGGAGAAGCUCAAGCAACAGCAAGCAGGCGACGAAGCUAAGGGUGUCAGAAUAGCUGUCUUCCGCGUUGACAAUCUCAGCUCCGGCAAGCACCGGUACCAGAUCGAUGUCAACGCCAAGCAGAACGCGCUCACUGGCAUUGUGAUAUUGCAUCCGCAGAUGAAUCUCAUCAUCGUCGAGGGCGGCGUGCAUAGCAUCAAUGCCUACAAGAAGCUUAUGCUGAACCGUAUCAAAUGGAGCGAGAACACGAUGCCCCUCACAAACUCCAACGCUCCCAGCACUUUCACGGGCACAAAUGAUGGCACGAAGGUCGGCAGUGGCGGGGAGCAGAACAAGGCCAGUCAAUGGCUGAAUCCGAUGGAUGAGCGUGGCAACUUGAAGGACCUGGGCGAGAACCGUUGUGCGCUGGUAUGGGAGGGCGAGGAGCCGUUAAGGACGUUUAAGAAGUGGGGUAGUAGGGCGUGUGAGACAGAUGGCGAGGCGAGGGAUGUGUUGACGAGAAGUAAGAUGGAGAAUAUGUGGACGCUGGCCAGGAGUAUGAAGCUGGAAUGAUGAUCGGCUGUAUAUGCUGUAGUAGUAAGUACAUGAACAUUGACGUGUACGAAGUGGGGAGAUGCGUGCCGUUGGUUGAAGCCGUACAACCCUUUGCAAUGCUGCACAAGACCCGUCAUGACAAAGGCCGUCCUGGCUGACUUCUGCACA